UCUCGACGUAAUUUCAAUUUUUUCAGAUGCAGUUCAUGUUAUUAUUCAGCAGACAAGGCAAGCUGAGGCUGCAAAAAUGGUACGUGGCCCAUCCAGACAAAGUAAAGAAGAAAAUAACGAGAGAAUUGAUCACAACCAUCCUGGCCAGGAAACCCAAAAUGUGUAGCUUCUUGGAAUGGAAGGAAUUGAAAAUAGUCUACAAAAGAUAUGCAAGUCUAUACUUCUGUUGUGCAAUUGAACAGUGUGAUAAUGAACUGCUCACUCUGGAGAUCAUUCAUCGGUAUGUGGAACUGUUGGACAAAUAUUUUGGAAGUGUGUGUGAGUUGGACAUAAUUUUCAACUUUGAGAAAGCCUAUUUCAUCCUGGAUGAACUUCUUUUGGGAGGUGAGGUGCAAGAAACCAGCAAGAAAAAUGUUCUCAAAGCAAUUGCUGCUCAGGAUCUGUUACAAGAGGUUAGUGAAGGAAAUGUUGAGUUA